AUGCCUCGAACAGCGCGUAAGAUGAUCCAAAUUGGGUAUCCUAGAGAUGAAACCGAUCGGAUGCCGAAUAACAUCUCAAUAUCUGACUUAGAUAUUAUAAUGUAUAUUGUGGCUAUAAUUGGUCAUUUCGUGGAUCUAGCACUGGAUAUAAACGUGGCAGUCAGGUAUUCUUUAGAGAGAAGGAUGAUGGAGUUCGGUUUAACUCUCACAUUUAUACUUCUCCCAGCCUUUGUGAACACGGCGGUCUCGAUAAGAAUGUAUUCACUAGACAAACAACAAGACUCACUAUCAUAUGCGAUUACGAAACGGAAGUUGCUGAGGAUAUUUAUUCUCGUACUACAAAUGGCUCCCAUUUUACGAUUUGCGGAUGCUCUCAUCUACGCAAUAAAGUCAAGAUAUGCGGAAAGAAGAAAGGAUCCACUAUCACAGCGCAUGUAUUACGCUCUGAUGCUCAAGGAAGACUCGGAUGCUGCGUUACUGAGAAUAUUUGAGUGUUUCCUUGAAGCGGCCCCGCAGCAAGUACUUCAAACGAGCCUCCUGUUACGUCAGUAUGAUCAUUUAGCGAUUCACCAAGCUCUAUCAAUAUGCUCAUCUAUAGUCGGCAUGGGCUGGUGCUUGGCCGCCUACCAGCGAGCCAUACGCUUCACCCAGGAAGAUAAGAACAACGUUACUUGGUCCGGAACCGCCCUGCAGACUGCCUGGCAUUUCCUCGUCUCCCUAAGCAGAGUGAUAUCUAUAUCACUCAUCGCUCACCUGUACCCUCAAUGGACGGUCCUUGCCUGCAUCCUCCACAUCGUCACAAUGUCCAUAUGGCUGCAAUUGUACGACAAAUCUCCAUUCUGUUCCCAAAAUAUAUUAUUUGAAGUUGCGUUCUCCUUGACAUUAGGAUCGGUAUACCUCUUCACAUACAUAUUACCCAACGAAAGCAAAACCAGGUACCGUUACACAGUUUACUACACCAUAUGUUUCUUACAGAACGUAACCUGUGCAACAUUAUGGUUUAUUUACUCAGACGAUGUGACUCGGUCAGCGAUAUACUUUUAUCCAGUAUUAGUACUUAGUGUUGUGCCGUUCGUACUAGGGAUUAUAUUUAUGAUUUUAUAUUAUGCUUUCUUACAUCCGAAGACGAGUGGAAAUGGUUUAGGUGUGACGUACAACGCUCAAGUUGAGGUCGUUGAUGUUAGCUAAUAAUAAUUUAGCUAUAGUAAAUAUUUGUGAUAUCACUAGAAUUCGUGUACUUUAAAAUAUAAGUUUCAAUCUUAUUUUAAUGGUUACUACCAUAGCUAUAUAAAAUUGUACAAAACUAUCUGUGUCUGAAGACAGUAUUUAAUUCUGAAUUCGAACCGUCUAAGGACCCAAUCACCAAAAAUAAAUCCGUCCGUCAGUCUAGCCCUUUAAGCGUUCAACUUACAUAUAACUUAUACAAUAGAAUUUAAAAUAUAAUCAAUUUAUAUCAAUCAUAUUGACUACAAGCUAGAUUUUAGUUACCAAAAUAUUUUUUAUGGUCUUCUAUUAGUUACCUAGCCGUAUAUUUACCUGCAGUACGGCUUAUCGUGUCUUUAUUUUUAAUACUUAAGAAAUUAUAUAUGGUCUCAUUAUUGACUAAUAAGUGUAAGAUUAGGAAAAUAUGUAAAAAAAAUAAAUGUGAAAAUAGAAGAAAAAAACUUGUGAUAUUACAAAAU